AUGUUCAGUAACUUUAGAAUCGUCCUGGACCAUCCGAGUCACCGAUAUGUAAUUGACUACAAAUGUUUCAGUCACAGCAUGUACAACUACACAACGUUCUGGCUUGAGGAGGACCAGGGGGUCCUUUAUGUUGGAGCAAGAGAGGCCAUCUUUGCUCUCAAUAUGAAUGACAUCACUGACAAGUCCAUGAAAAUGAUGGACUGUUAUAACUAUAUCCGUUUUCUGCAAAGAUUCAAUGCAACCCAUUUAUUCACCUGCGGCACCAACUCAUUUAAACCGCACUACGCCUACAUUGAGAUUGAGAAAUUCACUUUAUCAGAUGUCCACAGUGGGAGAAAAAUUUGCCCUUAUAACCCCACGGUUGGAUACACAGGCGUCAUCAUUGACAACAAGAUCUAUGCUGCCACACUCUACGGGUUCCAAAGCGGACAGGCGAAUAUCAAAAGGUUCCCUGAGAUGCGCUCAUUCCAGAUGGAAGAAUGGUUUUCCUACUCACCCAACGAGUUCGUCGACUCAGUGUUGCUGAGGGAGAGUGUCAACAGCUCUGUGGGCGACGAUGACAAGAUUUACUUCUUCUUCACGGAGAAGCUGGUCAGAGAGUAUGAGUUCAAUGGAAAGCCAGAGGUCAGCUGGGUGGCCCGGAUCUGCAAGAGUGACAAGGGAGGAGUGAAAAUUCUCCAGAGGAAGUGGACGUCUUUUCUAAAGACUCGGCUUGUGUGUUCCAUCCCAGAGUACGGUUUCCAUUUCAACAUCUUGAAGAAUAUGUACGUGUUGAACCAGGAGCACUGGCAGGACGCCGUGUUUUAUGGUGUGUUUGUAUCCCAGUGGCAAAACGUAGAAAUAUCCGCCGUCUGUCAGUACACCUCUGCGGACAUCCGGAAGGCAUUCGAAGGGCUGUACAAGGAAGAUCAGAGAUCUCCAAAGAGGUGGUCAAGAUACAUACACAGAGUUCCAGAGCCACGCCCAGGAUCGUGCAUCACAGAUGAAUUUCGGAAAGCCGGAUUCAAGAUAUCAUAUGAUCUGCCGGACCGCGUACUGGACUUCGUGAGGAAGCAUCCACUGAUGGAUGAAGAGGUCAAACCUGUGGGAGGCCGCCCACUCUUCACGAAGAAGCAAGUGAACUACACAAAGAUCGUAGUGGACACGGUCACAGCACUGGAUGGUGAACAGUACAACGUCAUGUUCAUUGGCACAGAUAACGGCUGGAUCCACAAGCUGGUGAAUUCUGGGGCUAGCACGCACAUCGUUGAGGAGAUCCGGCUGUACAAGGACCUACAGCCUGUGGAAAGCCUGGUGUUAGCCAGAACCCAGGGUACCCUGUUCAUUGGAUCGCAGAGUGGGGUGACUCAGCUCCCCGUGUCCAAUUGUCACGUCUACAAAAACUGUUGGGAUUGUGUCCUGGCUCGAGAUCCUUACUGCGGUUGGGAUCGCAGUGUUUGCCAGGAUAUUCGAACGCAGAAGAACAGAACGAGUCUGAUUCAAGACAUUGCAAACGGGAACAAAGGAUGUUUGGACAGCAACCCAAAUGUUAUAAACAGGAGGGUCCCAGACGGAUCGGAUAUCUACUUGCAGUGCAAUCUCAGCUCGAACACAGCCACGGCGCGAUGGGAGUUCGGUGGGAGCAAAAUCCUGAGCGGUGGUGGGCCACACUACUGGCUAGUAGAAACAUCAUUGGUGGUGAUGAAGGCACACAGUCCUGACAGUGGCGUAUACAUCUGUUACGCCCAGGAAAAUGGGAUAAGCUACGCAGUGACCUCCUACGAAAUCAGCGUAUCUUAAAUCUUCAAAAAAAGUCUAAGCAAAAUUGUCCACCCUCUGCUGAAAGAAAAUUCCAAAGAUGUUCCUUGCAAAUACGUAGGUAUAGGUUUAAAUCAAUCAGUUGACAUCCAAUUUAUUUAGCUGCGGUUGCUGAGAUGCCUUGUUAAGUCAAGACAGACCCCUUCAGUGAUAAGAUAGAUGCCGAGGUGAGGUGGGGGGUGGUACAAGAGAGCAGAGAAGUAGUGGACAUGGUUGUGGGCAAGACGACCGGAACAUGGUGUAAGAUUUGAUUUUGCAAUAGAGUCUACUCUGACCAUGGGGUAUUUCUUAGACCAUGAUGAUGAACCUUGAUGGGCCAAAUGUCUUACAGGAGCAGAGUUAGGUCAUUUGGCCCAUUGAGUCUGUUCCACUAUUUCAUCAUGGCUGAUCCAUUUCCCUCUCAGUCCCAAUCUCCUGCCUUCUCCCCCUAUCCCUUCAUGCCCCGACUAAUCAAAAAUCUAUCAACCUCUGCCUUAAAUAUACCCAAUGACUUGGCCUCCACAGUCCACAGGCUGUGCCAUUUUCUGUUUUUAUUUCAGAUUUCCAGGGUCUGCAGUAUCAUAUACUGUUGACCCAGGUCCCCUUCUCGGUUGAGUCACGCCUUCCUUUGAUCUGCGGGGUAGCAGAGCUGUGCCACUAAACAGAGUCAGAGGCUUUAAGGUUGAGCACAUCUCAGAGGGGGCUGGUCACUACACUCCGUCUCUUCCGUGUCCCUUUUUUAUGUGUAAUUUAAGAUUGCUGCGUUUGUGAAAUGGAGCCAUGUUGCCUCGGAUGACAGGGCAAUUGCAGGUAGGUCUAACUUACAUGCACUCUGCUUGGUGUUAACCCACACAUUCAAGCUUGUGUAGAUGGUGAGCCAUGCCUGUGAUUGCUCAUUUAGUUCCCCUGGGCACAUUGUGUUGGUAGACACAGUCAGACGGUGCAGUCACACACCCCAACCUGUAUAUAACACAGUGAAUGAUGUCGUGCAAUGUUCCACUGCUCCAUCAAACUUCAGAACACUGAUAUGUGACAUAUCCCCAGACAAACUGUCAAUAUUAUAAUGUAGGAGAGGGUGAGAUAACUCGAUUAGCCAAACCCAUUUCCUUGAAGUCUUCACAAGAGGAGACGUCCAUUCCAUCUGGUUCACCCCAAGACUCAACAGUGGAAGGUCGACUGGGAAGCAUGCAGCUGUGGAGGCCAGGUCAUUGGGUGUAUUUAAGGCAGAGAUUGGUAGGUUCCUGAUUGGACACAGCAUCAAGGUUACAGGGAGAAGGCCGGGAACUGGCAUUGAGGAGGAGAAGAAAAAAGGAUGAGCCAUGAUUGAAUGGCAGAGCCAACUCAAUGGGCCAGAUGGCCUAAUUCUACUCCUACGUCUGACGGUCUUAUAGAAACCUGUACAUUUUGCUGUGAAACAGGUCACUUCAACCACAGGGAACUGGUUGGUUAGUCAUCAGUGAGACAGCCAGUGGGGUUACUGGGAGCCUGGUGCACUGAUCAGGCAGUUCAAUGACGAACCAACACAUCACGAUACAGGUAACUAUGGCAACCCCACACAAGUCGAAGCACCAAUGAGGAAUUGAAACUAAAACAGAGACUAGAGUCAUCGGAACUAGAAGGCUUCAAAAUCAUAAUCAGGCUAAUAUACCAUGUCAGAAAUGGCUAAUACUGUAUACCAUGUCAAAAAGUACAGACGGACCCGAAGUUAUGUGUUGUACCUUGUAUAAUAGAGAGAAUAUAUUUAGACUUGUGAGAGUGGAGCUCAUGAUUCCCAUUCCAUUUUGGAGUUUGUGUUUCAUGGUCACAUUCUGCAAUGUAGCCUGCGUAAUUCAUUAAUGAAUCAUUCUGUUGAUUAAUUACAUCUAUGCAUUAAAUUGCUUUUCCUCCA